CCGCGGCUCAGAAGGACAAGGUCAAUGUAUGAUUUUUUACAAUGCACGAGGACUGGUGUUAUUUAUGGAUCCGGCGGCACAGGGGGAGGCAAGGCUGGUCUCUGAAAGCCAACCCCACCUGCUGAGGUCUGAGUGAGAUGGAGCUGGUGGGACCCUAUAAAGCCCCGCAAGAAAAAACCUGGUGGCUGACGCUCAUUGACUGGCAACCAGCAAAGGGACUUGUCCAGCAAGAGGAGCUGAGAGCAGAAGAUAAUGGCACACGCAUGGGGAUAUGGUCCUGGCAAGGGACCUGACACAUGGCAUAAAUCCUUUCCAAUUGCUUUGGGUGAUCAUCAAUCCCCUAUUGAUAUUAAACCAGGUGAAGCCAAAUACGACCAAACACUUCAACCUUUGAACAUUAGCUAUGAUCCAUCCACUGCGACACUCAUCCUCAAUAAUGGCCAUAGCUUCAACGUUGAAUUUGAAGAUUCUCAAGACAAAUCAGUACUUAAAGGUGGAGCUCUGGAAGGAACCUACAGACUGAAGCAGUUCCACUUUCACUGGGGAUCUUGUGAUGGGCAUGGAUCGGAGCACACCGUUAAUGGGCAUAAAUAUGAAGCAGAGCUUCACUUGGUCCACUGGAACACGAAGUACAGCAGUUUUGGUGAAGCUGUGAAACACUGCGAUGGGCUUGCCGUAGUUGGUGUUUUCCUGAAGGUCGGCGAUGCCAAGCCAGAGCUCCAGCAAGUGAUUGAUGCCUUAGCAUUAAUUCCAACAAAGGGAAAAGAGGCACCUUUCCAUGAUUAUGAUCCUUCAGGUUUACUUCCAAAAUCUUUGGAUUACUGGACCUAUAAGGGAUCCCUGACCACCCCGCCUCUCCUGCAGUGUGUCCUCUGGCAUGUACUUAAAGAGCCAAUUAGUGUGAGCAGUGAACAGAUAUCAAGACUGCGAGGCCUUUACUUUAAUGACGAACUUGAGAGCCCUUGCCACAUGGUUGACAAUUAUCGCCCACCACAGCCACUGAAGGACCGAGAAGUUAGAGCCUCAUUUCAUUAGGAUCAGAACCAACCACGGGUGCCGAGAUCAGACUUGGCUCUAAUGAUGGCCAGUUUCACAUGAGCAUAUUCAGUCUGGGGAACCGGCUUCCGCGGGGCAGUCGUAUUUCCCCGACUGGACACUACUUGUCUAACGUGAACUCGCAGCAUCAUAAUAAUUUAUGAUGCCGUGAAUUCCCACCUGACGGCAGGUCUACUGAACUGUACUGAUGGCAUUAUGUGCAUCAUGUCAGUACAGUUCAGAAGACCUGUGGCCAGACUGGGAUUUACAGCAUCAUAAAUUAUUACGACACUGCCAGUUCACUUCCGACCAGGAAAUACAGCUUCCACAUGGAGUGCUUUUCCCGGACUGAUUUGUGUCAAACUGGUCUAUAUCUGGCUGGUGCAAACUGGUAGCAGUGAUCUCUCUAUGCCGAUUCUCUAAUCCCUGUGUGAGUAUUAGGAACUGAUUAAUGAAAUGUGAAAAAUGUAGGUGAAUCAUUUAAAAUGUGAAAUGUUGCUCACAGCCUAACCAAGCCUAGCUUCUACUGAUUUUCUUCCACAAUUAAUGCUGCACUAAUAUGGCAAAAGACGGGGGAAGGGGGGUCGCUUUGUCCAUAGGAAUAUUUAAAGAUUAUGUCUUAAGAUGAAAACUUGAACUACAUACACUGCUAUGUAUAACUUAAUGUGAAUUUGUGUUUUAAAAUCUUAUCUACUUGAUGCAUAAGUAAUAUAUUGAUUUUAAUAGGAGUGUAAAUAUUUUAACUGUACAUGUCAAAAAACACAUGAAAAGUUUUAUUGGUGCUUACCAUGUCUUAACAUGAAGGAAGAGGAGAUUAUAAAUGUAUUUUUCAAUACCUUAAUAAAAAUUGCUACCACAAACCA